AUGGAGGCUAAAACUGCCUCAUGGGUAAUAAGGAUGAUUUUAAAAGCAAAGGAAUGUCUAGUGGAGGCUGGGUAUCAGGAGAAGGACAUAAAUCAAAUGGACUCAUUCUCUAUCCAGAAAAUCUAUAAACUACUAAGAGGACACUAUCCUAAGGUAGCUUGGAGGAGACUGGUAUGUAACAACAGGGGAUCACCAAGGUGGACAUUCAUACUUCGGCUGGCCCUUUGUGAUAGAUUGCAAGCUAGAACAAGAUUGGCUAAAUGGGGUAUUAUUGAUGAUGCAAAGUGCCCUCUCUGUGAUGGAGCACCUGAGACAGUAGCUCAUUUGUUCUUUGAGUGUGCAAGAAUAUGGCAAAGACUACUGAGAUGGCAAGGAAUUCCUAGGCAACCUAUGGAGAGAAAUGCUAAGGUCUUUCAGCAGCAACUUAGAACUGAGGAUGCAAUAGUGAGGAUGAUCAUUCAAGAAGUACACUUUAGAGGCAGUGUGACAUGUAGACAUAGCAGUUACUUAACUAGCUUAAAUUUCUAUACUUAG